AUGCAGGCCCGAGCCCAAAGCCCACAUAGAAAGCGGGCUGGGCUCGGGUCAGGCCUCCCAUAUUCGGGCUGGACUUUGGGCGGAGAGAACUACCGACAUCCAGAGAUUUCUAGAUGGAUCAAGACAACGUCUAUCACCCCGCACUUCAAACUCCUUGAUUUCGAAGAAUCCUGGUGGAAAUGGUGGUGUACAGUCCAGCCACAGGGGCGCCCAACUAGAGACGGUCGUCCGUGCUUUCAGGAGAACAACCAGUUCGAAUGGGAGGAGCUCGACAUAUGGGGGUCGAAAGGCGUGCUUCUUGUCGUCUUGGCUCUUGCAUGGUGGGGUAAAGCGCCUAAGGAAGCUGAGGGCGAUACGGCCCAGAAAUGUUUGUGGCAGGAUGCCGUCCGGGAUGUGGCUUGGGUUUUGUGGGAAUUGGAGGCGAUGCUAUCGUUAAAGAGGGGCUUAGAGAUAGAAGAAGAGAGCGAGAUCACUCGAUCGCGGAGUGCAGAAAAGCGCAAGGCUCAGGAGGGAGAUCUGGAGAAGCUACACCCAAAACGUAUACGACAGAUGCAUCCAGUAAACGGUUACAUGAACUUACCAUCAACUCCAGUUUCGCAACAGUUUCGCCUCACAUGA